AUGCGUCACUGCGGCGCGACUCGGAAGCAGAGUUCGGGAAAGGAUAGUUCAAGGAGAUCCGGGACAGAGCCGGCGGGUUCGGGUCCCGUGCGCCGCCGCCGCCGCCAUGCCCGGCGUGGUGGAGCUGCCCACCUUGGACGAACUCAAAGUGGAGGAGGUGAAUGUCAAUUCUGCUGUACUAAAAGCUGCAGCCCAUCAUUAUGGUUCACAGUGUGAUAAAAUCAAUAAAAAAUUUAUGCUUUGUCGCUGGGAAGAGAAGGAUCCAAGGCGAUGUUUAAAAGAAGGGAAACUUGUCAAUGAGUGUGCUCUGCAUUUCUUCAGGAAUAUAAAGACACACUGUGCUGAGCCCUUUACUGAAUAUUGGACCUGUGUUGAUUAUUCUGAGCUUCAAGAGCUUCGUCGAUGUCGCAAGGAACAGGCAAAAUUUGAUGACUGUGUCCUGAAGAAACUGGGCUGGGUUCGUCCUGAUUUGGGAGAAUUGUCAAAGACUACAAAAGUGCACACAACUCGACCCGAACCUGAGAAUCCCUAUCAUUCUAGACCAAGACCAGAACCAAAUCCUGCGUAUGAGGGAGAUUUGAAGCCUGCAACACAUGGCAGCCGAUUAUAUUUCUGGAACUGGUAGAAGACAGACUCAAGCAACAAAUACAGAAUUAAGAAUCAUGUCCAGCUUAUCUGUAGGACCAGUGGAGUCCUUUCCAGGCAAAUAAAAAAAAGAAACCUAA